AUGCGGGUUCUUUUUUGGAAUAUCAAUGGUGUUGCGUGUACAGCAGCACAUUCUAAGCUUAGGGAGCUGAUUAGAGAUUUCCAUCCUGAAGUUUUUGGUCCUGCUGAACCAAAAGUGGCGUGCUCAUCAAAUUUUGGGAGGAGGCUAAUUUCUGAAGGUUAUUCUUCGUUUAUUAUUAAUAAUUCUGCUAAUUCUGGUAUUGCAAAUCUUUGGGUUUGUUAUAAGGAUGGGCUUCAUGUUUCUGUAGUUAACUCUAGUAAACAAGCUAUUACAAUUGCGGUUGAUGGUGUGUAUAUCUCUUUUGUCCAUGCUAGCUACAUUCAAACUACUAGGCGCAGGCUUUGGCAGCAACUAGUUAUGCAAGAUUCAAUUACACCUUGGCUGGUCAUAGGAGAUUUUAAUUGUAUUUUGUGUUUGAAUGAGAAGAAAGGUGGCUUGGAAAUAAGAUCGUCUGUCAUUGAUGAUUUCAGUGAUUGGAUGGAUGACAAUAAUCUUUUUGAAUCGGAUUCCUUGGGAAGCAAAUUCACUUGGUGUAAUAGGCAAUCUGGUACUAGUCGUAUUAUUAGUAAGUUGGAUUGUGCAAUUAUUAAUGCGGCUUGGCUUGCUAAAUUUGAGAAUUGGCGGCCUUGUAGAGCUCUUUUUCGUGUUCAAAAGAUGUGGUUUUUACAUGGGGAUUUUCUUCAGAUGGUCAAUGAGAGUUGGACUUUGUCUGUUCAUGGUUCUCCUGAUUUUAUUUUCCCUUAUAAAUUGAAGCGGCUGAAGAUUGCAAUGAAGGAUUGGAAUCUGAGGAUUUUUGGUAAUGUGAAUUCUCGUUUGAAGCAAGACCAACUUCGUUUUGAGACAGCAGCUCUUAUUACAGAUGAGGAUCCUAGUAAUAUUGCUAAUCUAAAUGCAAUGAAGGAUGCUAUGAAAACUUUAUGUGAUACUCGUUUGCAACAGUUAACUAUGCUCAAGCAAAAGUCUAGGAACAAAUGGUUGGUGGAGGAUUCAAGUAAUUCCAGUUUCUUUCAUAGUAGUAUUAGAAUUAGAAAAAGUUCUAAUACUAUUUCGGAACUUGUUGAUUUGAAUGGGACUAGUUUGACAAAUUAUGAGCAGCUUCGUAAUCAUGUAGUUCAGUUCUAUGAAGAUAAGCUCAAUGGCCAAGAUCCGGUGAUAGAAGGUGAUUUAUUUGAUUUUGAGCAUGCUUCAAUUUCUGUUGAGGAGAGCAACGCCAUGGAUAUGAUUUCUUCCCCGGAAGAAAUUAAGCAAGCUGUUUUUGAUCUGAGUGCGGAUAGUGCCCCAGGGCCUGAUGGUUUCUCUAGUUGUUUCUAUCGUCAUUGUUGGGAUAUUAUUCAUGAUGAUUUAACCAAGGCCAUUAUUCAUUGUUGGAAUGCGGGUAGUAUUCCAAAUGGUGUUAAUUCAUCUUUUAUCAUCUUGCUGGCUAAGGUAAGGGGUGCUAAUACUCUUCGAAAUUUCAGACCAACUGGUCUUAGUAAUAAACGCAAGGAUGGCAACAUUGGCCUUAAACUUGAUAUUUCUCAAGCUUUUGACACGUCUGCUAGAAUUUCUGUCAUUUUGAAUGGUAGUCCGGAAGGUUACUUCAAAAUUAACAGAGGUUUGCGUCAAGGUAAUUCCAAAAGUCUUCAUAAUCUUGUAGACUUGUUGGGAAGUUAUCAGCGUGCUUCAGGUCAGACUGUUUGUCGUCAAAAGAGUAAGAUUUAUUAUGGUGGUGGUUUUUCGAGUUGGUGUAAUUAUAUUGCAUCUUAUUUGGGGAUGAGUGUAGCUACUUUUCCUGGCCGCUAUUUGGGAGUUCAAAUUAUGCCAGGUAUUGUUCGAUAUCACCAUAUAGCAAUGUUGUUGAAAAGAUUAAAAAUCAGCUUGCUGGUUGGAGAGGGAGGUUAUUAUCUUUUCAUGAUCGCAUUGUUCUUGUUAAAUCAGUUAUUUCCAGAGUUAUUACAUUUAUAA